AUGCGCCGUCGAAUUAACGGAUUAAAGCAUAUGAUUUAUGUGAAUGAUCCAGUUCUUCGUAAUUGUCAACUUCCUAGACUCUAUUGGAAUGAAUAUCUACGUGAUUUAGAGAGUGCUGUAAAUGAUCUCGCUUUACAAUCAGCAGAGGAAUCUGAUACAGAUGAAGAAUUUGCUAAUGAUGAGCGAGAAAACGAUGAGAGACCAGCAAAUAUUUAUGAUACCAAUAAUAUUACAUGCAUUCUGCACCGUUGUGGCGAAGUGGAUUUAUUCCGAAAAAGUUGGCAUAAUGAAAAUUAUAUUGACUAUAACAGACGUCCAAAGGACGAUGCACCUUCUUGGUGGACUUCCACAGAAUGGUCUUCCUCCAAUGUAGAAUCAGGUGAAAAUGAAGCCGACAGGAGUGACGGCAGAAAAGAUAAUUAUAUGAGAGAAGUCGAAAUUUUUUCUCAAACAGAUAUUACAGGAUAUAAAAACUUAUUUGGGAUACAUAGAGAGCCUGGGUUAAGAACAGUUCACGCUGGUAGAAUUCAACAGCUACAGAAUGAGCGAGCCUUCAUCCAAUUCGCAUUAAAAGCAGAUUUAAUCCACAAGACAGAUCCAAUAUACACUCCGGGAAAUGACAUACUAUCCAUCAAGCCCAAUAGCAACACAACGACAAAGCAAUGGUCAAUUAAUAACUCAAAGUGUCUACUGAGAAUUGUAGAAGCAGUUUCUAAACAGGUGACAUGGCAAAUUAUGGCCGUAGUGAGUACAGAAACCAUUCACUUAGAAGAUCCCAUAAGGGCAUUAGUGACAUCCUGA